AUGCAAGAUACGUUUUGGCCGGUGCUGUUUAUUGUUCGUUCAACCACGCCAUCCUCACCACCAUGUCCAAUCCCCCCUCUUCCGACGCAGUCGUCGUCGGCACUGCGCCCUCCACCGCCGACCACUUGUGAGCAAUCCUGCCAUCCCCAGCUCGCCCCUCAUACUCGGCUUGACCCGCUCCGCACACCCGAUUCGGCCCACCCGAUUCUGCCCGCGCGAUUCUGCCCGCGACACUGUGUACUGACCUUCGCAGCAUCCUUCAACACGAAGACGCCCGCCAAUUUCUCUCCUCCCAGGACCGACAAGCCUCGCCCGUACGUUUGCGGCACCUGCCAGCGCUCCUUCGCCCGAUUGGAACAUCUCAAGCGACACGAGCUCACGCACACUAAGGAGAAACCCUUUGAGUGUCCUGUAUGCAAACGACGCUUCGCCCGCGGCGAUCUCCUGCUGCGUCACCAGCAGAAGCUGCACCAGCAGAAGCUGCACCAGACGUCGACCCUGUCGUCCCGCCCCUGCAGUCGUCGCAAGUCUGCCAGCGGCGUCGCAGGACCUAACAUAGCUGCAUCCAAUGUGUCGGCUACUUCCAUGAGGCCACGGGCAAACACCAUCAGCCAUAUCGACGGCAGCCCGAUGCAGAUGAUUGCUGCUGCGACGAAUGCCUCGGUCGCACGAGGCAUCCUCCCGUCCCAGAGCCAUAGCCGAUUCCCGAGUCUGGCCCGUUUGCCCAUCCACAACUUGAACCAUGGCAUUGGGAGCACGUCACCGGCCAUGGGACAGCGAGGGGUGCAGCACGAGCUGCCCAAGCCGGAGACGAGCACCUUGAACGGCCUCAACUUCAGCCCUGGCCUGCGGACAGCGCUGCCGAUGGCUGCCUUCAACGCCAAAUUCCAGUUUGACGGCCUCUUCGGGCCGGGCUCGACCACAGACCCCAAUGCUCUCCAUUACAAUGAUUCGCCGCAAUGCAUGGCCUUGGAGCAAGCCUCGCCAUUUACGCCGUCCAUGAAUGGGGUGCCCUCUAGCCAAACCCUCGAUGAUAGAUCUGAAUGGUUGACUGGUCUCGAGCAUCAGAUGUCCUUUCACACGAACGAAAACUUGGUGGAAUCUAGUCCGUCCGCCAUCAGCACGACGAACCCGAGCGGGAUAAGCGAUGUUACGUUGCAUGGACCCGCGCCGGCCGGGAAGAGUAUGAUGCAGCAACACUCCGUGAUGGGCACUCCACAGGUGCCGAGCCUGUUUGCGAUGGAUCUCAAUGGUUCGGUCCUCCCGGAUCUCUUGAAUGGGGUCCCUUUGUCACCUCAGCUAACUUCUCAAAAGAUCAAUGAUCACUUCUCUACACCUCCAUCUUCGCUGAGCUCAUUGAGGUCGUCCGUCGUAUCGGGACUGAGCGCAUAG